CAGUUGAAAUACUGUAUUAUUAUCAAAAUCGUAUUCAUUCAGGAAUUAAAUUAUAUAUUUGGUUUAACAACAACUGAUAUUUAUUAGAAUAUCGAUGAGUAUUCUAAGGUUUAUACUGUUUCUAGUUCACCUGGGAGCAGUCCCUUACUGCACAAGUACGAAUGCAGCGUCGCAACAGAGUGAAUGCAUACAAGAGAAGACGGACCGCAAAUCAAAAAUGUUAACCAAUCCCAGGUCUGAGUCAGAAGCAUGUCUCUGGUCAGAGAAACCAAGCGAUGGUCGAAAUGAGCGUUCGGAUAGCUUAACAAAUACCAGAGCUGUGGUUCAGUUAUUAGUGGUUUUUGAUUCCACUUUGCAUAAAAGAUUUAUAAAAGACUCGCGUCGUUUCUGGAAUAUAGUGCGUUGGUUGGUACACGAGAUGGACACCGUAUUUGUAGAAUCAACACUUAGCAAUCCAUCGUUACGUAUUCAACUUGCUGACUUUAUUGUUACUGAAGAUAUAAUGAUAGACAAAGACUUUCGAAUGGUUGAUAGAGCAAACAGAUUGCGUCUUUCUAAAAGGAAUGUCAACUUUGUUGAUGGUCACGCCGUCUUAGAAAGUUACACGUCAACGAUAAAUACAAAUCGAACGAGAUUUUCAAAGAAGUUUGACCAUUGUAUUAUAUUCACAAGCCUUGAUAUCUUGAAGCUUGAUGGUGACGGCGUAGAGAGCGAUAUUUUGGGUUGUACCUACCAGUCUUCUACCUGUACUCAUGAGCGAUUUUCAUUGGUCGAAUAUUACGGUGACAUGCGCAUGUUGCUGCGUACCAGUUUACAUGAAUUAGGUCAUGGAAUCGGUGGAUUUCAUGAUGGCGGUUUUAACACGCAUAACAUAGACUCCAUAGCAAAUCACUGUCUGCCGCGACAUGGCUUCAUCAUGGGCCUACCAAUUCGAAGCUCAACGAACUUUUUAAAAUUCUCAAAUUGUUCAUUGGCAGAUUUUUCCUCGUAUCUAAGAUCAACAAAGGCGUCAUGUUUGUUCGUUGGCUGAAGUUUCACUCAGAUCACUCCAAUGAUAUUUUCCUGACGGAAAUUCAUAUGUUUAUAGCACUUGCAGUACCCGCUGCUAUUAGGGGAUCGGAUUCAUCACUAGCCACCAAGCGCAAGCUCGGUGGUAUAGUGGUUAAGACAACAGGCUAGA